CAAACGGCGAGUCAACACAGCCCGCUUCACAGAAAAUAAAGGAACAGCUUUCAAAACAAAAACAGUGAAGACACGAUACCUACAACAGUAAUGUCUGUUAAUUAUGCUGCCGGGCUCUCGCCGUACGCAGACAAAGGUGUCUGCGGACUUCCCGAGGUGUUUGAUAGUCCUGAGGAGUUGAAGGUGAAGGUGGAGACUCUGGCCCAGCUGAUUAAAGAAUCUCAGUACUUGGUUGUUCACACUGGAGCAGGAAUCAGCACCUCAGCAGGAAUCCCAGAUUUCAGGGGUCCAAAGGGGGUGUGGACGUUAGAAAAAAAGGGUGAGUCACCUCACUUUAACACCACAUUUGAAGAUGCCCGGCCCAGCUUGACUCACAUGGCCCUCCUGGGACUGCAGAGGGCCGGAUACCUCAAGUAUCUCAUCAGCCAGAAUGUGGACGGCCUUCAUGUCCGAUCAGGCUUCCCCAGGGAUAUGUUAUCAGAGCUUCAUGGAAACAUGUUUGUGGAGGAGUGUGAGAAGUGUGGCAGGCAGUAUGUGAGAGAAAAGGUGAUCGGUGUGAUGGGGCUGAAACCGACAGGACGCUACUGUGAAGUGGUUCGCUCCAGAGGACUCAGAGCCUGCAGAGGGAAGCUUAUCAGCACCAUACUGGACUGGGAGGAUUCUCUUCCUGACAGAGACCUGAACAAAGCAGAUGAUGCCAGCAGACGAGCAGACCUGGCACUGACUCUCGGCACGUCCAUGCAGAUCAAACCCAGUGGCGACCUCCCACUCCUCACCAAGCGCAAAGGAGGCAAAGUGGCCAUUGUCAACCUGCAACCUACCAAGCAUGACAAGCACUCGUACCUGCGUAUCCAUGGUUAUGUGGACGAGGUAAUGAAACAGCUGAUGGAGCUGCUGGGAUUGGACAUCCCGAAGUGGGAGGGGCCGACUAUCUGCGAGAGCUCCACAGUCACGUCUGAGUCCACCACCGAUGUCAAACCACCACAUGCAGUUACUGAAAAGGAGAAGGUAAAAAAAGACCCCAUUAAGGAGGAGAGGAAAAGAGAAGCGAAGCAGCUAACGAACGAUGGGAGCAUUAAGGAGGAGGCAGUUUCAGUAAAGAGAGAGAGAGCAGACUCUCCAGGGGCGAUAAAUGAAGAGAAAUAGCCUCAGGUUUUGUUUUUCUUUCUUUUUUUCUCGCAAUAACCUAACAACACAAACCCGUCCAGAAUCAAACUUUAUAACUGAGGGUACUCAGUUUGAUCAGUUUCACAGAAGAUGGAGUUUCUUCUCAUCUAACUCUCUCUGGAGCAAAGACUUCUGUAGUACUGUAGUGUUUUUUUUUUUUUUUUUUUUGGUCGAUCCCAGGUUUCUUACACUUAUUCUUACAGCCAUAAUGAACAGCAACAUGAAAGUGACUACGCAUCUGAAGCCUCACAAAUGGACCGAUUCACAUUAGGAGGAUUGGAUUUUGGAUUUGGAUUUGAUUGGGAAUAUUUUUGUAAUUCUGGUUUUUAAAAACUUGUCUAAAAGUACAUUUACCAAUACACAGCCUGAGAAGUAAAUGUUCUUCCUGCUAUAGUAAGAACAAGCAUUAUCCAACCUCACUUCAGGACAAUGCGAUGAGAUCUGGAACACAUGGUUAUAAAUAAAGUUUUUAACAAGGUCUGUAGGGCUUCUGCAUCUUAUUAAAAGCUUUAUUUAUAACAAUGUGCUCCAGAUCUCAUCCCUACAGUUUCUGCCUUUAAAGACACAUUGGUUCAAUACUUCAUCCGAGGAGAUCAUGUGAGCAUCUCCCGAGCCUGCCUGACAAAUGUGGCUGAACACAGCUGGGGAAAUUUUAGGUUAAAACUGAUUUUUAUUUUUAAAGUGUGUUACCUAAACAAACAGUUCUCUUGGGCGUCAUUAUGUUAAAACAUUUCAGUUCACAGAUUUUUUUUUUUUUUUUAUUCCCAACCAUUAUAAUUGCAAAUUUUCCUCCAAAAUCAUCAAACUGCUUCUGUCAUUGAACAAAAAAAUUCUCUUCCUCUGGUGAGAUGUUUAAUUCCACCACCUGCUGCUGAUUUGGCUGUAAAUGGACCAUAAUCAUGCUGUAUAUUCAUAGGAAAAUGUUUUUACCUCAGGAAAAAAAGCAUUGUACUUUGACAGAGAAAGCCAUUUUACUGUUUUUUUUUAUAUAGACAUAUGUUGUGGCAUUAAAAAUAAGUUCCUGGUAGAACCUCCUGAGUAGAUUUGCUGUAUUUAUCUUGUAUACUAUCAGUCAGUAGUGACCCAGCUGCAAAUGUGAUGGAAAUGGAGAAAGCGCAUUCUUUGUUUAUCUGAGAUAAUGGAUUCUGUGCCACAACGCUUCAUUAAUAUCUCUGAGGUCAAAAUCUGUACACUCUGACAGCGUGUACAGAAAAAAUUCAUUAUGCAUCACUGGAUAGUGAAUGAAGUUGGUAAUCAAACAUGCCUUCUCUUAAUAAGGUCAAUGGGAAGAGAAGAGCUCCUUCUGUUGUUCCCUUCAACUCAAAUGCUAGAAAAAAAAACACAAAAUCCUCCACCUUCAUUGCAGCUUAGUUUUUGUUGUUUUUAUUUUUAAACUUAAACAUUCAUUUCAGAUGGUACGGCUAUACAUUGGGCCACAGGUGUUUGUAUAAGGCGAUCAUUACUGCAGCGAAGACGUUGCUGCAUGUCUGAUGUUGAAUGAGCUUCAGCCUAUUAAGGCACUUAGCCCUUCCAGACAUUUAAGCAACAGAUGUAACAGCCAGAAAACGCAACAGCUGCAACUCAAACACAUAGAAAUAGUCACAUUGCCUGCUCCAUGAAUGGGUCAUUAUAUAGUCCUCAUUACUGUUCUUACAGUCUCUAUCUGUAUAUCAACUUUGUCCCAGUUGUCUCUACACUAUAGUGCUAAUGACCUAAGUGUUCCCACUUUGCCCUUAGAAAGUACUCAGCUUCUUUUUUUCAGUAUUUAUUAGGGCUGUAGCAAGUGAUGGGUGAUAUAAUGGUAUAUGUAACGUGUAUAACUUAUCUUUAAAAUAUUCAAUAAGUUUGGCCAGUGAUUCUUGACCUUGGCUUGUGACGGCCUACAAUGAAUCAAAGUGUACUAGUUUGGAGUUUUAUAAGCCUGAAGUAGAAUUUGCUCAGAGGAAAUGGAAACAGCACUAACAACAGAAAUCCUUCACUGAAUCAGGAAGCACUGGGGAGUCCUUCAAUCUCAUUAAAGUGACGUGAAUAUGGCUGUUUACAGUCUGUUUACAGAUGCUCCCCAUUCAACAGGAGAGAGCCUGAGCAAGUCUCUGAGGAGGAAAGCUGAAGUUGUAAUCACUGUGAGAGGCUUGGUGCUGCAAAUUUGAUGAAGGUGGAGAGCGGAUAGGGGAAGAUGCUGAAGAAAGAACAUGAAUACAAUGUGAUGGGAGAGAUACUUCAAGUGGAAUCCACGUCUCACUUUAAAAAUAUUUUUUAAACCUAAAAACAGUGUUAUUUUGUAUAGCAUGUACAGACUUGGACCCAUAAUUUUCCUUAAAAUUGUGCCAUGUCCUUUUCGGUGAGUCCAGUAAACCUGAAAACCAUCGCUCGAAGUCCAAACUCACAAGAAAUUAGAUGAGUCUCCUUCAGAUGGAGGCAGCAGCAGAUUCAUAGAGUUAUAUUUGGCCCUUACGUCAAACUGAAUGAACUUCUGUGAAAUUGGAAAGACUAUAGCCAAAAGCUCAGAAAGUUAGAAUUUUUUGCGAGCCUGAGCUCUUAUGUUCAUAACGCAAAUUCUGGAAACUUUGUAUUCCAAAAGCAAAAAGAUGAAAAAUGACCUGCAAUUUACUUGUAAAUGUCAUGUCAGUAAAAUGUUCAAAAAGACCCUAAAUUGAACUGUUACUGCUAAGUGGAGCACAUUUUGUCCUAAGCUUCCUCUUUAUUAUGGUUGAUAAUAUAUUACAAUUGGCAGCAGUCACUAAUGGCGGGAUGAACCUUUUCAUCCUCAUGUGGGAACAAGUCUAAUGAUAAUCACUUUAAAAAUAAACCCCCAAAAUUUUAGAUGUUCUUUGACCUUCUUGAUCAAAGAAGCAUGACAUUGUCUAUGUCCUUUAAGACACUUGGAUUUUAAUUGUAAUCUCACUGAGUGUGUGAGUCCUGUAUGUCACAAGCUCUGAAAACGGCACUAACAACUGCAUUCAGAUUCAUCACCACAGUUCUUGACGCAAAGUAUUCUCCAGAGAGAGAGAUGUGAUUUUGUUCUUCCAGCUUGUGCUGCAGCACGGAGUGCACUUUAGCGCAGCACAAAUGCUUGAAACAUUUACAUUAUAUUGCUGCCAAUAUCAUAGGUCAGUUCGUUUAAUUUACCCAUUUUUAUUACUCAGAGAUCAGAACUCUGAUUACUCUUAUCUCGUCUAAACAAAUGAUUAAAGACUAAAAAUAAGGAGAAAGAAGGGUUUCGAUUGUCAAGUUAUGGGUGAUAACAUAACGUUAGAGAAGUGGACGGGGACCAGCAGGGUAAAUUUGUGUGAGGAAAAAAAGAGAGAUGCUCACCACGUGAUUUCCACAGCUGGGGUGCUCUUGAGCAGUUGAGCUCAGUUAGAUCAGAUUGGUUGUACUGGGCAGCUUCUGGGUGUGAAUAUUUGUUACUGUAUGAGCAGGGCUGUAGCUACCAGUGAGGACACCAAGGUCAUGUCCUUGGGUUUCUUCCUCAGAAUUUAGUGGUGAUGAAGAAGACCAACAGAGGUGUGAAAGCACGUCAUGAUGGGGAAUAUCCGAAUGAGAUUGGUGCAGUUUAUGAUGAAGACCAUGAGCUUUCAACCAGAGUUUAAGCUGUGAUACACAGGCGUCAUGAUGAUGGCUCUGAAAUGAGGUUCAAAGUUCCAGAAAAAGCUAGUAAGUUGAUCUUUAGUUAAGAGGGACCAUUAGAUGCUCUUGAACUUUCAGCCUCUUGAGAUGUGCUUAAAAGCUCUUUAAGUCAAAGACCAUAAGAAGCAGUUGAGCUUUCAACAAGAGCGCUCAUCAGUUCGACUGCAAUUCGUGGCCUUUGUGAAGAAAACUGUGAGAUGCAGCUGAAAGCUCUUCAUAUUGAAGACUGUACAAAGUGGCUGAAAUUUCCACAUGAAGAAAAUCAUUAAAAAGCACUCAGUGUUCAAAGCUUUCAGCCACAGCUCCUGUUCUUCAUACUGAGGACUGUGAGAAGAGAAUGAACUUUUAACUUCAACUGCAACUCAUGGUCCUCAUGAUGAAAAUUGUGAAAUGUGGCUGAAAGCACCAGAAAAAGCCAAUAAGCCGAGUUAAAAUUGACCAUCAGUGGAGCUUUCAAUCGCAUAUCAUGGCCUUUAAGUCAAGAGUAUUUUGUCAAACAAAUUAUGUUACUGAUCACAUCUUUUAGAACACUGUAAUGGAGUUUUUAUUGUCCACAGAUCCUCUAAAAUCAAAUCUUUGUACAUAUAAAUAGCUGCUGUCUUGUACUUAAAAUUCGACUUUUCUUUAGGGGUAGCAUCCAUGCUGUUUUUUUUUUAACACGUUUUACUUGCUGAGAUGUAAAGAUGUGUCAUGACUAUACUGCAUGUUUGGCAUAUCACCUGCAAGUGUGAUCAACUGACCCAUUUCUGUGCCUUUUUAUGUAUCAUUCAUACGUGUUAUCUUUGACUGUCUCCUCUUGGGAGACAAACAUUUUGAGCCUUUGACUUCUUUAAAGCAGUGAUCCAUACAUGAGGCGAUGGCACCCACCUAUGCAUUUCCUCAAGUGGUUUUCUGUGAGCUUGCUCCCUGUACUUGAAGAUGAGUAGCUGGGCUUGCAUAAGCCUGCAACGUUUGUACCUGUCAGACGUUUCUUGUUUUUUGUGAAAUGGAAAAUGCCAUCCGGAUGUGAGCGGAUGUUCUGUUGCUGCUCUGCCCGUUGUUUUGAGCUGGAUGAGGACAGUCAAGUCAUGAAGUGAGUUCAUCUAAAGGAACAUAUUAAAUCAUAAGAUAGAAGACUUUAUUUGAUAACAAAUAAAGUCUUUGUGUGGGAGUAUUUUACUGUAUUUGUGGGAACCCACUGUACUUGCAGGGUCUGACAGCUUUGCGGGGACCAAAAUGAUGGACCCCACAAGUUUAAAUGGCUGUUUGUGGGUUAAGACUUGGUUUUAGGGUUAGAAUUAGGUUUAGGUUCGGGUAAGGGUAAGGUUAGGCAUUUAGUUGUGACAGUUAAAGUUAGGGGUAAGGGACCAAGGACUGCAUUGUGUCAAUGACAGGUCCCCACGAAUGGAGUAAAACAAGAAUGCGUGUGUUAUGUGCACAUCAGCCCUUAUCUGUGGGCAGCUGAAGAUGGUUAACCAUGUACAGACUUUAAAGGUUGCAAAAGGGCAAAACCAUGGAGCAGCUUUUGUGCAGCUGACUCAUUUUCCUCGCCUUCGCGCUUUUGCGGCUUUUGUGACGGCUGGAGAGAUUAACUUCCCUGAGAUGUCACUAAACUCUUUUGUCCUCCUGUUUUUAUUUAAUGUCACAGAACAUGCGUGCAUUCACAAAACAAUUCACAUUGGUACAGCAAGGCAGACACAGGGAGACAUGAAAAUGGCCGACAGUUCCAUGCUAACGUCAAACACUGCCUACACUGAAAGACAAUUACCCUUGAGUUACGUUUUACUGCAUAUGAUGAGUACAGUGUGUCAGAUUUUGAUGUCCUGACUAAGUUAGCAAUAAUAACACAAACAAAUACUAAACACUUCAAUCCUAAUGGAAACGUUACAAUCUUACAGUCCUCAUGUUUGCAUGUGUAGGUGUUUGAGAUGCAAAGUACAAAAACAAUUUUACAGGUCAAAGUAUUUAGACAUCACAAUGUGUCUUGUUUGCUUGUGUGGAAAAAGAAAAAUGGACUCACCAUGUAACUCGAAGCCCACUGACUGGAGGCUUUUGAUCAUUUUCAAGAAUGUACCUGUAAAUUGCCAGGAAGAUUACUUCCAAAGUGGCAUGUUUUGGCGAGUUUUCCAUGAAGGUCCAUGAUGAAAGCUAAAACACAGUUGUUCAGGUGUGUCUGCAACAGCUGUGUGUACUGAAGUGUGUAUAUGUGAGGAUAUACACAUAAGGAUGACAGUGUCAGGCAGAAAUGUGGUUAAAAAAUGGCACCAAAGAAAAUAUGGCACACACAGUUGAUUCGUAAAGGAGCAUUCCCUUUUGUAUUGAGGAAAAGUUUGACAUCUUGGGAAAUAUGCUCACUAGUUUUCUGGCUGAGUGUGAAAUGAUGCAAUUGAUACAAUUCUCAUUUCUAUAUGUUAAACAUGAAACUACAGCCAGCGGUCUGUUAGCUUAGCUUUGCACAAAGACUGGAAACGGGGGAAAAUCUAACACCACCUCUGAAGCUCCGUAAUUAACACUUGUUUGUUUAAUCUGUACAAAAAUCAAUGACACCAGGAAGUAACACGUCACAAGCCAGAAACAGUCUGACACAUAACCCUCUGCAAAACAGUAAGAGGCUGUUUUUACACUUUGGUUUUUGUACAGAUUAAACACACCAGAUACAGCAUUGUUAACCCUCUAUGGAACUUAUUACAGAUAUUAAUUGAAAAAAAAAACUUUAUUUUUAAGUGUAUUUAGGCCUAGAAUAUAUUUCCUGUGCUCACUCUUCCAAAAUGACCUUUUUAUUGGAGGAGUUGCAGGUAUUUAUGAGUGACCCAUCCCAUUAGGGUAUACAUUUUUCUUCAGGAUUUCCCAGUGAAAAAAAUAUUAAUUAAUGAACAUAGAAGAAAUCAGAUUUACUACAUUUCACUUGUUUGACCAGUGUAGUUGUCAUUUUUCACCAGCCUUGUUUUUCAAUGUGGUAAGGCCACUGGUGCUGUCCUCCUGAUGCUCUUCAUACUUCCCCUCUUACAGCUACCUCUUAUAUGUGUAAAUUGUCCAAUCUUCUAUAUCACAACAAUAGAAGAAUAGAUGGAGUCAUUAUGGAAAUUUCUGUCCCUUAAUAGGACUUUGUCAACAUGAUGUGGCGUUUUUGAUGUUUUUUUUGUUUGUUUUUUUUUGUAGAAAUCUUUAAAUGCAAUGACUGAAUGUGUUUAAAAAACUGUCUGGGCUAAGUACUAAUAUUAUAUUUUUUGUAAAGGAUUUUCAUGGAUUUUAUUUCUUAAAUUGAACUUACCGUGGUGCUGCUCAUGUACGUGACUGAACGUGCUCUUGUCUCUUUCACUUCCUUGAAGAAACAUUAAAUACCCUUUGAUUUUCUUGGUUUGAGGG